AUGGUUACAAAUCUCCGUUUCUCCUACACCGUAUCCUGUUCUCGAGUUAACAGUCACUGUUUGAUUCGCUUGCCAAAAAGGAAAAGGAACCAUUUCAAGGAUAUAGUAAGGUAAUGGCGACACUUUAAUGAUCGCAAGACAGGUUGUAAGGUGUCUGCUGUCUAGAAUUUUUAUGAGCGAAUGUUCCUUUGCCACGUCAGAAAAACCUCUACAUGACGAGCUCGAGAAACCUCAGCAAUGCUUGUACAAAUUUCGGCAGAGUUGUAUCCCUAAUUCGGCUCUUACGCAAGAAAAACCAAUAAUAAGUAAUAAUAAUACUAAUAAUAGUUACCCAGACUUUUAACAUAAUAAAAGUCUUUCGACACAAUUUCACACCUCCGACAACACUGAAUUCAAUCGCAAAAAUUGCCUAAUAUCUUAAUGGAUUGUACAAGGUGGACGCGAAUCUUUCUUUCUGUGUCGCUUCUCAAUUCCUUCUUUAAUUGCUUGGUAAUUUUACGAUCCAAUUUAGUGUAUGAUUGGUGAGCUUUUUAAUUUUUCCCGCUCGCGUCAUUGUAGUUUUAACGUUUGUAACGUAGAAUUCCCGCGAUAACAUAACUGCAUUAGACUUUUGUAAUCGAAGUUUUUUUUUCGUUGACAGACAAUUGGAUGCGCGCGCUAGCUCCACGAGCCAUUUCUUCGUAGCGUUUCCGGUCAUAUUGGAAGAGUGUUGUAGUGUUUACCGUGCGAGUCAGUAAAGAGCAGGCCCGAAUUGUGAUGCAAAUGCGUUUGAAAAUGUUUGCAAGAGGGCAGGUGUUCCAGUGAAUGGCGCAAAAAUAGAUCCUUUGUUUACGGCAGCUGUCGUUGGCUGAAUUUCAGCGCUUAUUACACAAAUUACGUCUUAUGCUUGAAGGAUUAUCUUAGUUUAUUAGUUUAGUUUCCACUGCGGUUUCAUAGUCAGCUACUUUUAUGGUAGAGCCUGGUUAUUCACAAUAACCGCCAUUUAGGCGAAUUUGAUUUUAUUUGUCUAGCUUACUAAUGUAAUAAAUACCGCUUGUGAUCGAUACAUCGAUAUACGACGUAAUAUCAGUGAUUGCAGUGCGCAAAGAAUCUGCUGCAAAGUUCAUAAGUAGUACAAAAAACAAACCUUAUUUUUCCCUUAAAUUUUCCCGAGAGCUGGAAGUUCGUACAAGGUUUAUUUAUCUUGUUAUGUUUUCUUUUUAAGUCUAAUUAAUUUUUUGUACGCUUUUUGUAGUUAAAAUUGCGCGCGGAAGUGAUAUUUUCCUGUGCUUCAGAUGUUGAUACAUUUAAGACCAUCUAUACAUUUAAAAAUUAUGAAUACUUAAGCACUCGGUUAAAAUCCACAGGUUGCAAAAUAUCAUCAACGGCAAGUCGAAUUCCUUCAGUUCAGCGUCGUGCUAUUUUUUUCUGAUCCCUCCGAAAGAUCUUUUUAGUGUCUUAUAUAUUUGUGGUUAUUAAUAUUCGUUUUUAAGUAACCCCCAUCAAAUUACGCUGCACUGAACUUUAAAAAGCAAUUUGUAGCUACCCUGAAGCUUAAAAUUGUUUUGUUUUUAUUCGGCGACUAUUUCUUUGAAGCGAUGAAUUAUAGCCUCUCAGAUUUGUUUAAACUGAAGUUAAAAGGGCAUGGCAUCGGUUUUCAUAUUGUAGCAAACUUAUCCGUGGUUGUCUGAAAAAUAAGUAGAUAAGUAUGAGUUUAAUUGAUAACUGCUCCUUAUUUUAACGUGGAAUUUAAAUUUAGCAAAAGUUUUGUAGGAUAUUGCUAUGCUUGAAUUGUCAGUGGACAGCUGCUUUUCAAAAGUACGAGUUUAAUGCCCUAUUGAAGGUGUCAGCGCGCCGGGAAGAUAAUUUGCUAGCUUUGAAUAAACAUUUGUUCUUGACUAUAGACUUUCGCAAUAAAAAGCGCGCCUCCGAUUUGCAUUUGAAAGACUUCCUUAUCUCUUGAUUGAAGGCGUCUUUUGCGCGCGUGCCGGCCGUACGACGAUGACCGCAAACAAAAGGGGUCCAAAUCCACUUGAAUACUUUGUCCCCGGGGGCCGAAUGAAGCACAGUUAUGGCAUCGAGCUGGCGACUGCGAUUGUUGUGGUUAAUGUUUGGACCACUGCAACGUAAAUGUUCUUUUCUUUUGGAGCCAUUUCACACACAAAAGAAUUCGGUUUAACAUUCUGAAGGAAAACGCUGUUUGUUGUCUUAAUGCUAAUGUGCUGGGCUCGAUUGUUUUUUGCUCCUUUCUGUUUACGCAAGAGCCAAAGCGUCUAUUUGUUUAAGGAACAAGGCUUAGGAAGCGCACACGAAAAAAAAAAAUGUUUCUGUUGGUCCAAGUUACUUUGUACCUUCAUUUCCCCCCAAUAUUUCGUUUUGGCGGGAAAAUUAGUCCGCAAUCUGCGAUACCUUUCUACGCGUGCCGUAAACUCAAUUCACUAUAAUCAUUAGUGGCCUAAUUAGCAGGGCACGCGCCGGUAUUCCAUUGACACACGAGCUGUACUUAACACCCCCUGAAAAUUACCAAAUUUUCGAAAUUAAUGAACGGACAGUAAAUAUUGUUUCAUCUGACUGCUGACAGUGGCGGGCCUCUAUGACUUUUAAAAGAGUUUUUUUUAUCACUUGCGCAAAUAAUGACUACGACCAUAAGACCAUAGGCACGCAAAAUGCAAAAGGAUGUUGACAACAGCCAAAAGUUAUACCCUCGGAGAAAGGACCUGGAAUGUGACCUAUGAUCGUUAGACUAGUGAUUCACUAGUUUUGGUUCGGUUCUAAAUUCACGGUCAUUGCUUGGGUCAGGAUGCUGGUUGCUCUCUUUGCGAUUUGGGUGUGACGUGAUGUAUUUUUGGCAGUUUCAAUUGUUUUCGCAACCUCUUGUGUUAAUCCUAUUCAUAUGCAAGCAGGCUAGCAACAGUCCCGCUCAUGCAUCCAGCCGGCAGUUCCGAGAUAAGCCGAUAUUAGAGCUCAAGUGUUCGUUUGCAAGGCACGCGACUAAUUAGACAGUUUGUACCACGCUUGUCAAGCAGAGGAAGAGACAUCCGCUGUCGAAUUGAGUCCAGAAGUUCAGCAUUUGCAGAAUGUUUGCUGCUACCAGUACAUUGUGAGUAUCGGUAUGGGUUCUGGUGUUUUUUUGUCAAUGGUUAAGAAGAUUUACAAUUUCUUUUGUGCUCAAAACCUUGUGACGCGAUCUUCACGAUUCCGCCUCAACUCUUCGUGACAAAUCUUCGCACAAAGUUCCGAUUUGUCGGGCAGUGUUAACCAUUUGUUUCUUAUGAAAAAACUCGUACAUGUUUAAAGCACUGCGAGAGUAAAAUGCCCAAGACAAACCGAGUCUUUGUCUUUGAAUUUAGUGCCAUUUAAUUUACACAAGGUGGCGGUAAGAAUCAACAGGCACGAAUUAUUCCACAGCUCGAAAAAUCGUUCAAGAAGUGCAGCUGUUAAAUUACUGUUUGUAUUGAAUUAUGGGUAAUUGCUUCGAUCUGAAAGCAGCUGUCAGAAUUCCAUAAGCUACCUGUUUCCUCGCUGAUUUGUAUAUCAAAGAAAUGCGUUCUUUCGGUCAACGAUAUGGAUGAAAUUCCUUCAAAUAAGAUUCGAUAGGUCUUAAUCGCUCAGAGUGCAAAUCAGAAUUUUUUGCUAUGGUUGCUCUUUGUUACAUAUUUUCUGCUUCUUCAGAAAGUUACUGAUUUGGGCUUUCAAGAGCGCUGGUGUUAAAAAAUAUCACUGCAAAAUAAACUGGUUAUUUUUUGGUGCCGCAUAUAAUUGUUUUUUGAGAAACAAAGGAGAGAGCAGGUCGAAGUCACUAUGGCUGGUCCUUCGCUUGUGAAAAACUCUUACAAAACAUGAAUAUUCAAUUUUGGGUAAAUCAUCCAAAUCCUUUAUUUCAGUGUGGGUGACUGAAAAACCUGUAAGCUACAAGUCUUGUUUGUCAAAUUCUAGCAUCCAAGUUCACAGAUCAGUGCACAAGUGAAAAUCAAAGUAAUCGUCAGUGUAACGACUGCCGCCCAGAGACUUACUGACGUCAAAUUCAAAUCCCUCUCGCGCGUACCACACGCCUGAGCUCGAUCGGCUGACUUUAUGCAAAUUUGCCUUUUGUGAUAUGAUCAGUCCAUUCAUUCAGUCAGUCAUUCAUUUGAAGCUUAACGUGAAAAGCGGCUGGUCUAGUUCAAAGUAGCUUUUUCCUCAUCCAAUCACUUGGUACGUUUUGACUAAGUAAACAGUCAAGCGUGCAGAUUUCAAAUCGGAAAAAGAAAAUGUGUACUUUGAAUGGUGGCAGUGCGCUUCCUAAUAACUUGUACGUUUUUUCUAAUAACAGACUGUGUUACGAUAUGUUUUUCGACGAGAGACUUCGCGGCCCGCAGCCAAUGGAGUCAUCUUCUGCGCCCCAAGAAGUCAUCGUAGAAAGCCUCACCGAGGAUCUUUACAAUCCUACAAUACAAAACGAUGACAUUUGGAAAAAAUUUGCCCUCCCCACGCCGCCGUACUCUCCAGAAAACUACCUGCCUCAAGGUAACUGUAAAGGAAACUUUAUCAUUCCAACCCACAAGAGAAACGGUCUUCAAGUUGUGCCUGAGCCGGAAGAUCUCUCGUCUGAUCUUCCCUUGGUACUUAGCGACGCUGAGAUGGAGCGUUUGACUUGUUCCACAAUUGAGGAUGACUGCAUUUGGCCUUCUGGAGAGAGCGACUUUGAUCGCGUCGAGUCGCAAAGGUUUCAAGGCAAUCGGGUAGUGCUGUCGGCGGCGUGUGUGCACGAACCCAGCGCUGAAAUGGCGGCAGAGCACCGAAUGUUGCCCGAGUUGCCUCCUUUUGUCCCCACGGUUACAAACCAAGAUCCUACACUCGCCCAGCAACAAAUAGAGAGAUGGCACUCUCAAUUCUCAGGUGAAUAUGGCCAUUAUUUCAUUCAGAUAGCGAAACUACUAACUUUGUACCCGGGAAGUCAAAGUUUUCUGAUGGUUUCUUAAACUACGCAAUUUCACUUUCGAAUUGCAAGACAACAGCCAUCCCAAGGGCUAAAUUUCGUUGACUUUAGUGGCUCUUUAAACUUAGUUUGAUUUAGUUCUACAAUCAUGAAUAAUGGGGGUAAUUUAGUUUGCUUUUGUCACUACUGAAUUGGGAAAUUUUGUUUUUGAGCUAAGGCGCGUGCAUGACUGACUUUUAUUUGAAGAGUUUCUUGCCUAUUGCUAUGAAACCAAGAAAGGAAUUAGCAGAGCUUGAUAAACAGCCUAACUGUCUAAAUGUUUAUCGCUGGAACGUCUUCCUAAUUGAAUGUUUAAAAUGCACGCUCUGUGGUCUAAGAGACUUUAGUUUUAUUACGAUCUGGCUUUGUUUACAACUUGUUGCAGAUUUUUAGUUUACACUUGGCGCGUUUUUCGGUAAACUUCGACUAAAUGCCACAUAUAAACCGGGAUUUUUUCUGGUGACUUAGUCCCAGAAAACAACUUCACAAAAGCCUUGAAUUGAGACUGGUAUUUUAAACCUUUCGAUAGUUUCUUUUUGUCAAAUAGAAUACACAAUCUGUCCUAUGACAAGCGAGCCUUUAUGAGUGGCCGGCUGCUAAUUAAAUCUUUCUUAUUUCGAAAACAGAAACGCUUUAAACAAUGGGUUUCAAGCUUCAUCUUUGAUUCGCUAUUAAAUAAAAGUCUGUCAUACUGCUAAUAAUUACUCAAGAAGUAUCGAAAUAACUUGUUUGUCAAAUCUAGAGGCAAAUUAACCCCCAUUCCAAGCACAAGAGACAUUUUAAGUUGUGCGCGAUUUGUUUAUUAUUGAAAUUUUACCAACUCCAUUAAUUUUGAUUGCGCGAGGUAGUUUAACUGAUUUUAUUGCAACAUUUUCUUUUUUGCAGUAGAAAAUCAAGUAAUGCGACUGCCUCGACCCCCAAACGAGGAGUUUAUCCCUCAAAGAUUUGACUACGUGGCCAGCGCCAAAAAACCACGCAAACCGCGACGAUCGAGCAGGCAGGAUUCACCUCCAAUUGAAGGCGACGACUCUGAGGAUAACGAAACUAGCCGGGCUACACACAACGUCUUGGAAAGGCAGCGGCGAGAAGAUCUUAAAUGCCGGUUCCAGUUUCUUAGAGACAGUAUUCCUGAAUUGGAAGAUAACGACCGCGCAUCUAAGGUUUUAAUACUGAAAAAAGCGCGGGAAUAUGUCCACCAAUUGUUUUUAGAAGAGGAACGACUCCUAGCUGACAAAGAACUUGAGCGUCAGAGACGUUUGAUCCUCCUCGAGCGCCUAAAUUGUUUAAGACAGGGCUAUAUGUAGGAUAACAGUUUUGCCAAAAUUUUGCUAGUUCUUUUUUUAAUGUAUAAUUUAAAGUGAACAAUUCAUUCUCAAGGAAAUCGUUAUAUCGCAUUCAUGCAGGUAUAAAAUUGGCUGUAAUUAGAAGGCACCAGAAGUUGAUGCCUAGAUUAAUGCGCAGUUUAUUGGUUUCGAAUAUUUUUGAUCGAUAGAUACUAUACAUGCGUGGCUGUGCUGGAAGCCAGUUGUAAAAUAAAUUUAAAAAACAGAUUCCUAUUAUUAUUUUUGGCAACUGUCAAAGUUAAAAAUGAAGAUUUCGUGAUGUCCAGAUAUCUUUCUACGCUCUAAGUCUUUUAUAAAAUUCCAUCAAGAUGGACGAAAAGAUUUUUUAUUACCAUUUCAAUUUCAGUCUAUAUUCGCACAAGAAGAAUGUUCUACCAUGCAAUUUAAACAAUCAAGUGUCUUUUAUUUUUUCUUCCAAAAUCAUUAUUGAAGAUAUAAAUCACCUUGAUUAUCGUUCAUGUUGAUGUUUAUUAAGUGUAUGGUUGAAUAAUUCGUUUCUAACGAACAAAAACGCCAAUUUUUUUCUUGCGAAAUGUUUGUCUUUACACCAAACAUACGCCCUUCGCGUUACUAUUUUAACACAAUCGCGACUCUUUUUCUACCGUGCUUUACUUGUGGCCAUUUUCAUAAAAUGAUAUGUAUGUGUUUUGUGUCGAGAAGUUCUAAGAGAAGUUCUACUAAUCUGGCUAAUUCUUGUACAUAAAUGAAAGCAAACUCUAUUUGUAAACAUCAUCUAAUCCGUGGAUAUAUAUUUUGCUCUCCGGGGUUUGUCUAUGUCCUAUAGGGUAUUCUAAGUCUGAGUUGUUGAGAAAUAGUCCUCUACACCUCCGCGUAAACUUCCAUGUGUAAUACUUUUGUACUGAAACAUUAGUGCCUUGAAAAUAAAGAGG